AGCUAUGAUCUGAAUCAAGUAUUAGAGUGACCGUUGAUGGGAGGAUACCAUUUUCCUGGCUUUGUUUAAUUGGCCAUGUUGUUGUGCUGCUAAGUUUCUGUAAACUACUCUUUCUUUGGAUCAUUGAGUGGUUGUGAAGACUGAAACAGGGUCUUGACAACGGUUGUUCAUGGGUUUUGCUUGGAGAAGAAGCUCAAAGAUGCUGUAAAAUGAACUAAAGGAAGAAGAGACUGGUAUUGAACCAAGUAGAGCAGAAAUGUUUAUUGCAUCACGUACGAGAGUAGAUGGAAGUAUGAUUUGCGAGGAAGCAACAAUUUGUGCGGAAAAACUUAAAGAAGUUAUGAGUCAGAAACUUCCAGGCGAUAUGCCAAGUAAUGAUGAUGUUGCACAAGUUUUUGGUCCUGAGCACUCUGGACGAGUUCGAUGCGUAGGACGUGGCCCGACACCGUCCAAGUACUUUUCAAGCAUUGAAUCUACAUCAAGUAAUUUAGAGAUGGUCGAGAUGAAGUCCAAAAUGAAAAUACUUGAAGACAAAUUUGAUAUUGUUGCUAGUGCUCUUCAGGUUCUUAUUAAAUCCAGAGACAUCCGAUUCCAAGGGAAUGAGAAUGGUGGAAACAUAAAGCUUGCUAGUGCUCUUGAAAUUCUUCUUGAAGCUUGCAGAGACAAUCAAUUCUAUGAGAAUGAGAAUGAGAAUGGAGGAAACAUGAACCAUGCUAAUGCUAUUUAACAACGUUCUGUAUCAAGUAUAUCAAGUGACAAGGCAAGAUGAAGUGUGUAUUACAGAAGCAACAAUUUAAGAACUAUGGAGAGCUAAAGACAAGAUAAAUUUGUGAUGAAGAC